CUUCUCCUUCCCUCCCGCCGGUCUCCCUUGCUGCCGGCGGCGCACCGAAGCGUGCGGCGCUGGGCGGGACAGAGCCGGCGGCGGAGCGCGGGUCGGGCACCGGGAUCGCCCGUGGCAGCCAGGCGACGAGACCGGGCAGACCCGGCGCGGAUGUUGAUUUCGGGCCAGGGCCACGCGGGGGCCCAGAGGAGGAGCACAUGGACAAGGCCAGCUGCCUGAGCCUGAGCUAGGACCAUCUCCCAGGGACUGCCCAGGCCCCCUCUGCUCGGACCCUUCUGGCAAGCCUGGACAUUCGCAAACAUCAGAGGGAGGGAACUCUGAGCCAGGCAAAACUGAGACCACCAUCACCAUGACAACCAGUCACCAGCCUCAGGACAGGUACAAAGCUGUCUGGCUUAUCUUCUUCAUGCUGGGCCUGGGGACACUGCUCCCCUGGAACUUUUUCAUGACAGCCACUGCGUAUUUCACAAACCGCCUGGACAAGUCCCAGAAUGUGUCCUUGGUCACUACUGAACUGAACAAGGACGUCCAGGCCUCGGCCAUCCCGACAGCACCCACUCCAGAGCGGAAUUCCCUCAGUGCCAUCUUCAACAAUGUCAUGACCUUAUGUGCCAUGCUGCCCCUGCUGGUCUUCACCUGCCUCAACUCCUUCCUGCAUCAGAGGAUCUCCCAGACUGUUCGGAUCCUGGGCAGCCUGGUGGCCAUCCUGCUGGUGUUCCUGAUGACUGCCAUCUUGGUGAAGGUACAAAUGGAUGCUCUGCCCUUCUUCGUCAUCACCAUGAUCAAGAUCAUUCUCAUUAAUUCAUUCGGUGCCAUCCUUCAGGGCAGCCUUUUUGGUCUGGCUGGCCUCCUGCCAGCCACCUACACAGCCCCCAUCAUGAGUGGCCAGGGCCUGGCAGGCUUCUUUGCCUCAGUGGCCAUGAUCUGUGCCAUCGCCAGUGGUUCAGAGCUAUCAGAAAGUGCCUUCGGCUAUUUUAUCACAGCCUGUGUUGUUAUCAUUUUGACCAUCAUCUGUUACCUGGGCCUGCCCCGGCUGGAAUUCUACAGCUACUACCAACAGCUCAAGCUCAGAGGGCCUGGGGAGCAAGAGACCAAGUUGGAUCUCAUUAGUAAAGAUCCUUCUAUCACGUGUUCACCACCAGGAGAGGAGUCCGGAGCAGGCAAAGAGGAGUCCAGAGUUUCAGCCCCCAACUCCCAGUCCACCAACAAAAGCCCGUCUAUCCAAGCCAUCCUCAAAAAUAUCUUAGUUCCAGCUCUGUCCGUCUGCUUUGUCUUCACGGUCACCAUUGGGAUGUUUCCCGCCGUGACUGCUGAGGUCAAGUCCAGCAUUGCGGGCACCAGCGCCUGGGGAGACUACUUCAUUCCUGUGUCCUGUUUCUUAAUCUUCAACAUCUUUGACUGGCUGGGCCGGAGCCUCACAGCCAUCACCAUGUGGCCUGGGAAGGACAGCCGCUGGCUGCCAAGCCUGGUGCUGGCCCGGCUGGUGUUCGUUCCCGUGAUGCUGCUCUGCAACGUCCAUCCCCGGCGCUACCUGGCUGUGGUCUUUGAGCAUGACGCCUGGUACAUCUUCUUCAUGGCUGCCUUCGCCUUCUCUAAUGGCUACCUUGCCAGUAUCUGCAUGUGUUUCGGGCCCAAGAAAGUGAAGCCGGCUGAGGCGGAGACAGCUGGAGCCAUCAUGGCCUUCUUUCUGUCUCUGGGCCUGGCACUGGGGGCUGUCUUAUCCUUCCUGUUCCGGGCAAUUGUGUGACCGUGGAUGGACAGAACAACUGCCACCUGCUCCUGCCCCUUCCUUCUCCCUCAGGGAUGGGCAAGGGUGGUGGUCUGGAGGUUUUCUUUUCUGGCCAGCUUCUGCUUGCUCACAGCCUGUGUUGGGCACUGAGGAGCAGCCUCUGUGGAUGGACAGUGGGGACAUUGUGAGCCUGAGGGUCAGAGUCAAGGGAGGGGUCUCUGUAUCUGCUCAUGCACUCCCACACUUGGCUCUGUCCCCUGCUUGAGCAAGGCAGGAGAGAGAGAGAGAGAGAGCGCACGUGUGUGCAUGCAUGUGUGUAUAUAGUCAUCUGCUUGUACCAGAGGUGGCUAGGGCCAGGACUGUCUGUUCUAAGGUCUGAGCUGAUAUUUCCUGCCCUUCUCCCCUUUGCCUCCUCCCUGCUCCUCUCUGAGGCCGUUCCCUGAUUCCCUUGUAUUAUUUCUACCCAUCAUACCCCCUGUACAGUUAUCAUUUUACUGCCCUUUUUUAUACUCAACAGAAACCAGGUGCCUUCAGAGGUUCUCUGAUUAAAUAAACCUUUUUUUUGUCUCCAUG